CGCAGGAGGGCAGGAGCGGCAAGGGGAACAUGGCCGCACAGUCGGACGGCGGCAAAGCCCCCGGGGGGGUCGGGUACGGCGGCGGCGGGUUCGCCCAGCUGUACGACGUGGACGGCGAGGAGCCGCUGGACUCCGCCGCGAUCCACAUCUGUCAGUGCUGCCGCACCUCUGCCUGCUACUGGGGCUGCCGCUCAGCCUGCCUCGGCUCCCUGCUCGGCGGGGGCCAGCCCCUCGUAGGGGUCGGCAUCCGGGAGACUCACUGCCCGCCCCGGGAGCAGCUGUGGCUGGACUGCCUCUGGAUCAUCCUCGCCCUCAUCGUCUUCUUCUGGGACGUCGGCACGGACCUGUGCCUGGCGAACGAGUACUACCGGAGGCAGGACUACCUCUGGUUCGGCCUCACGCUCUUCUUCGUGCUCGUGCCCUCCGUGCUGGUGCAGAUUCUGAGCUUCCGCUGGUUCGUGCAGGACUACACCGGCGGGGGGCUCGGGGAGGUGGAGGGGCUGACCAAGCGGGGCGCGGUGGCCCUGGGGUGCUUGUAUCCCGGGAGGGACCGCCUGCAGCUGGCCACCAUCUGGCUGUGGCAGGCGACCAUACACAUCCUCCAGCUGGGACAAGUGUGGAGGUACAUCAGGACUCUGUACCUGGGCAUCAUGUCGCGGCGGCAGAAGGAGCACCAGCGGCGCUGGUACUGGGCCAUGAUGUUCGAGUACGCGGACGUCAACAUGCUGCGGCUGCUGGAGACGUUCCUGGAGUCCGCGCCUCAGCUGGUCCUGCAGCUCUGCAUCAUGAUUCAGGAGAACCGGGCCGAGACGCUGCAGUGCAUCUCCUCCCUGGGCUCCCUCCUGUCUCUCGCCUGGGUCCUGGCCUCCUACCACAAGCUGCUGCGGGACUCCCGCGACGACCAGCGCAGCAUGAGCUACCGCGGGGCGCUGCUGCACCUCUUCUGGCGCCUCUUCACCAUCUCGUCCCGCGUGCUCUCGCUCGCCCUCUUCGCCUCACUCUUCCACAUCUACUUUGGCAUCUUCGUGGUGGUGCACUGGUGCGCCAUGGCCUUCUGGGUGGUGCACGGGGGCACCGACUUCUGCAUGUCCAAGUGGGAGGAGGUGCUCUUCAACAUGGUGGUCGGCAUCGUCUACAUCUUCUGCUGGUUUAACGUGAAGGAGGGCCGCACGCGCUACAGGAUGGUGGUGUACUACAUCGUGGUGUUGGCCGAGAACACCAUCCUGACCGGCCUGUGGUACACCUACAGGGACCCGGCGCUGACCGACUCCUACGCCGUGCCGGCGCUGUGCGGCGUCUACCUGACGUUUGCCGGCGGCGUCCUGGUCAUGCUGCUGUACUACGGCUUCCUGCACCCCGCCAGCGCCCACCUGCAGCCGAGCCCCGCCUCCUCCUGCUGCGCCCAGCUGCUCUGGGGUCUCCCCUUGCCCCCGUCGGCCCCGCCCACGGCCCCGCCCACCCCGGCCCACAUGUCCAAGUCGCAGACGGACGAGGACGUGGCCGAGACGUGUCUUCCCGUCUUCCAGGUGAGGUCGGCGCCCAUCACCUCCAAGCCAGAGGGCCCGCUCAUAAAAAUCGACAUGCCCAGGAAGCGCUACCCGGCGUGGGACGCCCACUACGUGGACAGGCGGCUGCGGAGGACUAUAAAUAUCCUGCAGUACAUAACACCGGCCGCGGUGGGCAUCCGCUACCGGGACGGACCCCUGCUGUACGAACUGCUGCAGUACGAGUCCUCGUUCUGACGCACGCGCGACGUCACCACCGUCGCCGCACAAACAUUGAGCACACACGAGCACGCCCCCCCACCCCCCCUCCCCAAGAGAAACACGGACGUACACAUGGAUGUUCAGAUUUAGAGGACGGUUUGGACGCACAACGUCGCACUUGAUGAAAGCACACAGACACAAAAGCAAUCGACCCCACUUUGACGCACACACAUUCCGGCGCGAGUCCUUCUCCUUCUGACGCUCCAUUUCCAGCUCCCCUGAUCACUCGUCACCUGGUCUCUAUGAGCUGUCACCUCGAGUUGGUGCUCCACUGUGAGAUAUAUAAAUACAUAUAAAAUUAAGAAAAUAAUAAAAUAGAAGAGGCGAGCGCGGCUUCACGUCGAAGCCGUUUACGUUGUGCCGCUCGCGCUUUCACAGGUUUCGGUAGAAGAAGACAAAAAAAGAUGUGAGAACGUCACUAAGGAAUUUGUGAACGUGUCGUCGUUAGUCUAGUCAAAAGGUAGUGUAUUUAUUUUCUAUCUACGGAGGGGAUGUUGUUUUUUAUUUACCGUGACGUUAUCGGCUGGAAGCAAAGCAGUUUUUCUUGGGGGGGGG